UCAGUUUGUUUCUGGCAAAAGAAAAAAGUCAGUAAAAUUUGGACAAUUUUUAAUCUCAAUACGCUUUUUUUUUUAGAGAUGUUUGGACAAUAUCAGAGAAGAUUUUUAAAGGUGUUUUUAUACAAAUUUUGGAAUGAAGAAAGAGAAGAAGGCAAGCUCAGUAAAACUGGAAAAACAUGAGCUAGACACUUGUCCGAUGAUCGUGUGUAAAGUGGAGAAAUCAAUUCCCAAGAUGAGACCUGUGAAGUCAAAGGAGAGGAUUAAAGCUGCCACAUCUAAGAGCAAAUCCACCUCAGCCAGGGAGGCUACUACAUGUGAAACAUCAGGGAAUAUAAUGAAGCUUUGUGUCAAUCUGAUGCCUGUUCUGGCUGCAGCCAAGGAGCCAGUGGAGGAAGAGGAAGAGAGAAAGGAGGACAACGAAUGCACAAGUAAAAAGAAACCUGAAACCAGCUGCAAAAAUGAUCCAUCUGUCACUAAAUCUGAGGAACAAAUACUCAGUUCUUUCACAGGAUUAAAUCUGGACACUGACACCAAACAAGCACAAAGUCCUUGGCUUGUGCUACCACCUAUAACUCAACCUAAACCAGCUCCUGAGUGUUGUGACCGUCAGAGGGGGCACCACACUCCUCUACCUCCCAUCAGUCCAACUGAGCAAACAAGGACCAUCUCUUCAAAUGUUACUAUUAGAGGCUGCAGAGGCGACGGGUUAGUUACAGGACAUGUAGCAGACAGCAGGCCCUGGAUGGACAAUCCCCUGUUCUCCAAAAGUAGAUCUCCUGAGUUUCGUCUCCCUGACAUCUCCUUGUCCAGUCUGGAUGCUCUGCUGCAGACGGUCACACAGAAACUGGGGAGGAAGAGGAGAGGUUACGAUGAAGGACGGUGGACACGUGUCCAUUCUGAUCAGCUCCUCGCAGCUGUUAGUGAGCGACGCUUGAGGGAGAGGAGCGGCACGGAGAACAAAAACCUGGCCAACAUUGAAGCAGUGACAGAGACAUCAGUGGGUGGAUGCAGUGUAAACUCACAGCGGAGCCUCCCACCACUUUCAUCUGCCCCAAAACCAACGCUCAUCCACACUAUGACGAAGAAAAACCUCCUGACAUCCAGCAUGCUGCAGUAA